UUGAAAACAAGGGACUAAAACUGGUUGUUGGUUCCUAAUCCCAGUUAAGUCUCGUCGCCAAUCUAUUGAAUGAUAUCUCUCGAAUCGAAUUGGUCACAGAACCUCCAUCAUCGUCUACCCAAUUCCACGAUCGUGUUCAACAUAACUCCACUUUCCCCACCAACCAAACCCCCCCUUUUCUUCUCAAUGGAUCUCUUCCUUUGAAAAACUAUGUCAACCAGUGUCCAACAGGGCCACAUCAAUAUUACCGCUCCGUCGCCAUUUGCAAACGACGGCGACGAUCUGAAGUGCAAUGGGUACGACAACACCUUCCUUGUCGUUUCGUCGCUUUUGUUCGUUCUGUAUCUUACGGUGCACGCCAAGAAGAACAUUAAGAGCCUCGGCUCCUAUAUUAUCAUUUCCUAUUAUGCCCUCCUUUGGCUUGUUACCCUUUUAAACCUCGCUUGGUCUUUUCUUCAGGAAUGGCAGUGUUCUCCUGAAAAGGAAGUUGCGUGGAAUCUCCUGUCAUUAUUUACAACAUGUGGUAUGCUGUGUCUGGAGAUAACCUUGAUUGCUUUUUUACUGAAGGAUAACUACAUGAAUGGCAUGGAAACUCUACCACACACUUUCCUUGUAUCAGGAAUUAUUGUCUUUGUGGAUACCCUUCUUAAGACAAUAUAUGUUUUUGGAUUUGGGGUCCCAUUGUUCAAUCGCAAUGUUGGAAGCACUCAUACGAUCAAGUGGGGUUUGUGGGUAAUCCAUAAGUUAUUGCUUGCUGCAGCAUAUGGCUUUAUUUUAUUUGUACAUUUCUCUGAAUGGAAAGAGAAGCUGCCUCCCAGGCCUACUUUCUACAACUAUGCCGUUGUAAUGUUUGUCUUCAGUGCAAUUACCCUUUUUGCUUGUGGGCUAGCAGGAAUUGGCGCUGGUUUCGGCAGUUGGUUGUAUGAUCUCACUGUGCUUUGUUAUCACUCUUUAUAUCUUCCAUUUCUUUAUGUAACUUUUCUGGCAGAUAUUUUCAAGGAGGAAGACUUCCUUUUGGAUAACGCAUAUUACUCUGAGAUGAAAGAUGCUGGAUUCUUUGAUACUGACUGGGAAUAAUUUCUCAACAAUUUAUGCACGGAAACGACAGACAUCUUUUGUUCUGUGCACUGUAAAUAUAUAGACUUUCUAACUAAGUCAAGUUGAACUCUGCUCUGUCAACAUUUUAAUGAUAUGUUGGAUCUGUAUGACACUAUGACCCUACUGUCUGUGAAAUGCUGCCAACAGGAACAGUGCUUUUGAAAUCCAUCAUAUUUCUAUCAACCAACGACAAGUGAACCAAGAAUCGAGUUGGGGCUUGAAAAUCAAAAUCAGCUCCAAAAUCUACACUAGCAUUGAGAUUUCUUUCCGAAGAAUAGGCAGAGUUUAUUUUGCAAGGCUGCAAAAUUAAAAUGUAUCCAUGUCAGUGCCUCGUGUUGGCACCAGCCAUUGCAUUUUGCAAUUCUAAAUUCCAUACCGAAAGUUCUUGAAUAUAUGCUCCAUUAUCUCCACAUUCAAGACCCCCAUGAUAAGAAGUAAUUGAAUUGUUUAAGGCAUAUAAUGGCCUCAGCAUUUAGUAAUAUGCUACCCUCGAUGACUUGCAAUGCUACUAUUCGAGGCCAUCGGUUUUGGAGAAUGUUGGUGAAAGGGAUCUCCCCGAGAGUUCUUUUGACCUAGAUUAUUUUAUUUUCUAAUAAAUGAAUUUCUCUCGUAGCAAUUGUAAAAUAUUUUGAUUUA